GAAAUGACUACUCAAAAAAUUGAAUGGAAUGAAAAAUUAAGAAGUGUUCGGGAUAAGUCAUUUUAUUCUCUAGACACAAAUAUUCAUAAAACAAUUACUGAGCAAGAAAAAUAUCGAAAAGAUUUUAUUAAAAAUGAUUCGUCUCUCACAGAAAAUGAGAAGAAAUUUUUAUUUAGUGAAUUACAGGAUAGCUCUGAUGCAUUCAGAAUUGGUGAUAAUUCU